AUGGCUAAACGUGAUUAUUAUGAGGUUUUAGGUGUUGCUAAAACCGCUAGUGAUGAUGAAAUUAAAAAAGCCUACCGUAAGUUGGCGAUGAAGUAUCAUCCAGAUCGUAAUCCUGACAACUCAGAAGCUGAAGAAAAGUUUAAAGAAUGUGCGGAAGCAUAUGAAAUUCUUUCUGACGGUGAAAAACGUAGCAUGUACGACCGUAUGGGCCAUAACGCCUUUGAAGGUGGUAUGGGCGGCGGUGGCUUUGGUGGUGGUUUCAGCGCCGAAGACAUUUUCAGUCAGUUUGGUGACAUCUUUGGUGGCGCUUUUGGCGGAGGUGGCCGUGGUCAGCAACGUGCGCGUCGUGGUUCCGACCUGCGUUAUGUCAUGGAAUUAACACUCGAAGAAGCGGUGAGAGGCGUUAAGAAAACCAUUACCUUUACUGCACCAGCACCUUGUGAUGUGUGUGAUGGUAAAGGUUCAAAAAAUCCAAAUGAUGUAGAAACCUGUAAGACUUGCCAUGGUGCAGGUCAAGUGCGUAUGCAACAGGGCUUCUUCUCUGUUCAGCAGACAUGUAGUACCUGUCGUGGACAAGCAAAUGUCAUGGUUCAGGUGUAUCAGAUCGUCAGCAAACUCUUGAAGUUACUAUUCCUGCAGGUGUUGAUAAUGGUGAUCGCGUUCGCUUAA